AUUUGCUGCUAACGCUUAUCCUCUAACGCCAAGGUCUCAAGGAGGGGUUGGUGGUGAUGGUAAGCUGAGAUCAAGCCACGCUCCUCCCUCCUCUCUUCACUUUCGCUCUUCAUUCCCGGCUGGAAGCAUUCCCGGCUGUUCCUCCUGCUGCGUUGGUGCUUUUUCUCCGAAGUUGAGAAACAAUCACCUGGACGUCUCCGCUGAGCAUCUACUACGAAUAGGUAAGCAGAGCAUCUUUAAUUCGUUUCUGUUUCUUAGAAAGAGGGUUUGGGAAAAGAAAGAGAAAGUUGGGUCCAGGAACUGUCUUAUGAUUAGUAACUGCUAAGUUUUGCAGGCUGGAAUUCUAAGAUAGUCAGCAGGCAGGAGUUCGUUCCAGGAUCAAUCCCUGGAGGUAACUUGGCAGGCCGUAGAGCAACAAUUUAGCAUACCUCUCUACAGUGGUACCUCGGGUUACAUACGCUUCAGGUUACAGACUCCGCUAACCCAGAAAUAGUGCUUCAGGUUAAGAACUUUGAUUCAGGAUGAGAACAGAAAUCGUUCUCCAGCGGUCCCAUUAGCUAAAGUGGUGCUUCAGGUUAAGAACAGUUUCAGGUUAAGAACAGACCUCCAGAACGAAUUAAGUACUUAACCCGAGGUACCACUGUAUUUCAUGAGGUCAAUGUGAGCAAGUGAAAUGUUGAGGGCUAGUAACUUGCAGGCUUUUUUUUUUUGCUAAGCUACAGUAGACACCAGACCAGGGUGGAUUUGAUUUAAAUCACAAUUUAAAUCACUAGUCAGUAAGACUUGAUUUAAAUCUUCUUUUUUUUACAGAAAGACUCAUUCUUGCUGGUAUAAUCUUAACAUUUACAACCAGAUGAAGAUUUCAUUUUUGGAAUAAUAAAUUUUCACAGUAGUUUUUACAGUUAUAUCAAAAAUUAGUGAUUUGGUUAUACUAUUAGAAAUACAAAGACAGGUAAUUAUGAAAUUAUUGUUUAUAUUUGGGCAACUUUUCUGCUGUACUUUAUUGGAAGGAGAAAAAAAAUCAUUUCUUUAAUAAGAAUUUAAACAAAUUAUUUAACUAAAACAAUAACAUUAUAGCAUAUGUAUCCAUGUUUGUUAACUGAUGUGGUUAAACGAUUUAAAAAAAACAAAACUUAGACUGAGUUUUAGCACACAUGAAAAACUUAAAAUAAAUCCUUAUUUCCUGAUGAAUAGCCUUUGGACUAUACAGUGGUACUUCAGGUUACAGACGCUUCAGGUUACAGACUCUGCUAACCCAGAAAUAGUACCUCGGGUUAAGAACUUUGCUUCAGGAUGAGAACAGAAAUUGUGCAGUUGCGGCGCGGCGGCAGCAGGAGGCACCAUAGGCUAAAGUGGUACCUCAGGUUAAGAACGGUUUCAGGUAAAGAACGGACCUCCAGAACAAAUUAAGUUCUUAACCCGAGGUACCACUGUAAUGUAAUUUAAAUAGAAAACUAUCUUUAGAAAGAUUUUUCCUCCAAAAGCAUUUUAUUUUAAAAAUCUGAUUUAAAUUAAAAAAAUCUGAUUUAAAUAAAAAAAAUUCCAAUUUAAAUAAAAAAGCCUGAUUUAAUUUUUUUUAAAAAAAUAAUUGAUUUUUAUCCACCCUGCACCAGACAGUGGCUGAAUGGAUCUGAAUGCAUAGAGAACACACAGACAGACAGGCAAACCACUUUCCUAACUAUAUAGCCGAUACAUACAUGGGAUGUGCUUCAAGAGGCGCUGUUUUCCCCUCAGUGAAUGUGGAUGCUGGAUGUGAGCCAAUGUAUAUAGUCAUAGAACUGCAGAGUCCAACCCUCUACAGUGCAAGAAUAGGCAGCUGUCGCGUAUGGGGAUCGGGCCUCUGACAUUGGUGUCAUCAGCACGACACUCUAACCAACUGAGCUGCAAGGUUUCCCUGAAGCAUCAGUUAAAAUUCUUAUGAAAUAAAUAAAAUAAAGAAAUUAAGGGCAUCUAUGAAUGUCACACUGGUGUAAGAGCAACAUAUCGGGGAUGGGGAAUCUGUGGCUAUAUAGAGAUCGUUCCCCCGUCAGUCCCAGUCAGCAUGGCCAAUAUAUGCUUUAGUGAGGUAAAGGGACCCCUGACCAUUAGGUCCAGUUGUGACCGACUCUGGGGUUGUGGCGAGUCAGUGGAAGAAGACUGGAAAAAGUUUAAAGACUAUUUACAGAAAUACUGUAAAAUUAAUGAAUGUUAGAAAAAUGUUGGAAUGAAGUUAUAUGGCUUUAGUAGAAAUGUUAUAAGGAAUUAAGUAUAAAUAGAUUAAUAGAGAAUUAAAGGGAAAAAUAAGGUUAGAAUGUGUUAAGAUAAUUAUAGGAUAGAAAACAGAGGAAGAUGGAAAGGAAUUGCUGAAACAAUUAACAGAAGUGGAAUACAAAAAGGGAGGUGUGAGGAGGUCGUGGAAAUAAGUGAAUGAAAGAUAAGAUAUUGAAAUUGUUUGAUGUGUUUAAUUGUUUUUGUUUUGUUUUGUUAGUUUAAUGUGUUAGUGUUAUGUAGUGUUUUUGUAUUGUAUUGUUUUUGUAGUGUUUAAAUUGUUGGAAAAGUAAUAAAUAUUAUUUUCAAAAAAAAGACUCUGGGGUUGUGGCGCUCAUCUCACUUUAUUGGCCGCGGGAGCCGGCGUACAGCUUCCGGGUCACGUGGCCAGCAUGACCAAGCCGCUUCUGGCGAAAUAGAGCAGCGCACGGAAACGCUGUUUACCUUCCCGCCGGAGCACUACCUAUUUAUCUAAUUGCACUUUGACGUGCUUUCGAACUGCUAGGUGGGCAGGAGCAGGGCUGAGCAACGGGAGCUCACCCCGUCACGGGGAUUCGAACCGCCGACCUUCUGAUCGGCAAGUCCUAGGCUCUGUGGUUUAGCCCACAGCGCCACCCGUGUCCCUGUUAAUAUAUGCUUUAACGUACAUCUAUUAUCUCAUCUCAAUUCUGUAGGUUUCCAAGAUGGCAGAAGGACAAGGAUCAACGCAGCCUCCGGAAAAUCUGAAUAGUAAAUAUCAGUUCUUUCGCAGAACCACAGAAUUGUAGAAUUGGAAGGGGUCCCGAGGGUCAUCUAGUCCAACCCCCUGCAAUGGCAGGAAUCUCAACUAAACCAUCCAUGACUGAUGACCAUCCAACCUCUGCUUAAAAACUUCCGAGGAAGGAGGACUUUCUGAGGGAGUCGGUUCCACUGUUGAACAGAUGUUGCCAUCAGAGUGUUAUUCCUGAUGUUUAGUCAGAAUCUCCUUUGUUAUGGUUAUAUGUGGCCACUGACCUGUAUUUCAAAUGUAGGGAACUUUGGGCCCUCCAGAUAUUGUUGGGCCGUCAGCUCCAGCAAGCAAAGCCAGUGGCAAAGGAUUAAGGGACUUGUGGUUCAGUAGCAUCUGGAGGCCCAAAGAUCCCACAAACUUGCUGUAUAUCAAAGUUAGCCUGCUCUCCUCUGGUGUGCUGCAGGUCUCUGUCCUAUCACCGGUGUUAGGGGAAUGGGGACAGUUUUACCCUCACCUAUCAGCCCAGUUCCCAUCACUUGUUACGUUGCCAUUAUAGUUCUCGAAAUAAGCCUACAGUUUAUGUUCUGAAGAACGGAUAUUGGAGGUGGGUGCAAUGGCCUUUGCUGCUGGGGUGGAGUUUCUCUAAAGAGGUAGCAACUAUUGCAGGAGGAUGUGAAAACCAUGCCACUCCCGUCGCAAGUUCUGUCUACAUGUGUCCAGGAAAUGGAGUACAGUGGUACCUCGGAAGUUGAACGGAAUCCAUUCCGGAAGUCCGUUUGACUUCCAAAACGUUUGGAAACAAAGGCCCGGCUUCCGAUUGGCUGCAGGAAGCUCCUGCAGCCAAUCAGAAGUCACAGAAGUCGCCUCAGACGUCCGGGUUCCAAAGAACAUUCACAAACCGGAACACUCACUUCCGGGUUUGCGGUGUUCAGCAGCCAAAAUGUUCGACUCGCAAGGUGUUUGGGAUCCAAGGUACAAUUGUAUUCUUGUUAGAUCAGAUCAAAAUCCUGUUUGCUCCAGCACUGUCUCCUUCUCUCACUUCUUCCCUUUUUCUGCCGGACUUGUAGGACUUUCUCGACUGAAUAUUUCAUGUUUGUUCAUACUUUGUCCAUGGGUUGAACGCGAUAAGAAAUCAAUGCCGAUAGACUUGGCAGAGUUUAAGGAACUGGAUGCCUACGCACAGAAGGUUUGCUUUCUCUUCUUGUGAUAUGUUCAGUGUAGAAUAAUAGUCCAGCAAAUAAUCUGCUAGGAUGCUCAGGUUUUCAAUGGGCAUUUGGAAUUUGAGAGUACUUUCAAGGAACCACUCCUGAUAGGAGGCAACUUAUUCUGUCCACACUGAAUAACAAACAUCGUAAGUCACAAUACGGUGCUCCCAUUUUCUGCAUGGUUAACAUAAAAAGUGCCUAUACACAAAGGCUGCAAACACUGCCGACCCCCCUGAAUCCCACAACUGUUGUUUAUCCCUCAUAGAGCUAAGAUUCGCAGCACCCCUUAACUAUUGCUCACAGGAUUAUUUGAGGGUGGGGCUUGUGCAUUAAUUGUACAGUAUGGUGUGGAGUAUGCAGUUAUACAGUGGUACCUCAGGUUACAUACUCUUCAGGUUACAGACUCCACUAACCCAGAAAUAGUACAUCAAGUUAAGAAAUUUACCUCAGAAUGAGAACGGAAAUCAUCCACGAACACCUUCCUUGUUCUCUUAAAAUGACAAUGGCACCCACUUAAGAGGUGCUGGAACUGAAUUCCUGUGAGUUCUGGCUGAAAAAAGACUCAAAAGUCAGGUGAGAAUCAACAACCGUGGUUGUGACUCAGUGCUGAUUCCCGAAUCCUGCCAGGGCUGACUAAGUAGCCAGGGCAGUGCCGGAUUUACAUAUAAGCUAAACAAGCUAUAGCUUAGGGCCCCACUUUCUUAGGGGCCUCCAAAACAUUUAAAAGAAAAAACACACACACCUGGAUAUACAUUUCCAAAAUAUAAGAUAAAAAAACAAAUAAAAUAAAUCCUACAUACAGCAACAGUGUUUUGUGUUGUGUAGGCUCCUAUGAUGCAAGUAAUGGGCCCUGACUGCUAGCCUGCUCCCUAAAAUAUCACUGGUUUGCUCAUUUCUAUAUAUAGGGGACAGUGGUACCUCGGGUUACAUACGCUUCAGGUUACAUACGCUUCAGGUUACAGACUCCGCUAACCCAGAAUUAGUACCUCGGGUUAAGAACUUUGCUUCAGGAUGAGAACAGAAAUCGUGCUCUGGCGGCGUGGCGGCAGCGGGAGGCCCCAUUAGCUAAAGUGGUCCUUCAGGUUAAGAACGGACCUCUGGAACAAAUUAAGUACUUAACCCGAGGUACCACUGUACCUACAUUCUGCAUGGACUGGUUGCAUGACAACAUGUGCAAAUGGCUUUAGAUACCCAUUAGGUCCAUAAAUUACCCUAUAUUCAACACAAAAAACAGCGACAAUUUGUUGUUGACAAAGGACAGCUGGACCUAUAAAGGGCCCCAUUACCUUCAGUAGCUUAGGGCCUCAUCAAACCUGAAUCCGGCCCUGAGCCAGGUCUGCCUCAGCCCUUCACCCUCCUUGCCCCACAAAUGCCCCCCCCACGUAUGCCAUUGCCCACCCACAGGUAGAAUGGGGAGUUGCGUACCAGGGGAGGGAUGAUGGCACCCCUCCACCAGCGGAAGCUGACAGGGCUGGCUGGCUGAAUGCUUCCCCACAAUCCAACACAUGCACAACCCAGGCAUCACAAAGGGGAUUUGGAUCGCAGCUGAAGAUUGUGGACACUGUAUUAACACUGGAAAAUUGAAAGGUUAAUCAUGCUUCUCCCUUCAGAAUUAUUUUUACCGAGGGGUAAGUUUUUGGCAAAUUUAAUAAUUGAUUGAUUGAUUGAUUGAUUGUUCAGCUCAAGCACACACACUUAAUCGUCUGUGCAAUCCUGCGCAUUUUGACUCAGAAGGAAGCUCCACUGAAUUCAAUAGCACCGAACGUCUUGUAAGUGCCUGUACAAUUGCACCCUAAAUUUUCAUUAAACAAGUGGAAGCCUUAGAUAGAAGGAAGGAACUGAGUACCGCUCCUCCAUAUUAACUGCUACCAAAUCUAUUUCCCUUUUGUGAAACAGGUGGAUGUCAAGGAUACUGUGGAAAACCUGGUGAGCGUCUUGCUCCAAAAAGCCCACAGUGACCUGGAGAAAGUCCGAGCCUUUUGGGUGUGGAUUUGCCAUCAUAUUGGUAGGUGGAGGUGCCACCUUAUGCAUUCUGGCGUUCUUUUGCCUCUGACAACUGCCCACAAGUCCCCAUCCCUUACCUAACUGUAGAUAAAAGUCAGUGCUCUACAACACAAGCAGCAAAGCUGUGUGUUGGUGGCUGCUGCUUCUUUUAUUUGGAUAAUCUGCAGUUAGGCUUGUAUACACCAUGCCUUUAAAGCACAUUCAAAGCACAUUCUUUCCCCUCAAAAGAAUUAUGGGCACUGUGGUUUGUUAAGGAUAGCUGGGAACUCUGUGAGGGAUAAACUAUAGCGCCCAGAAUGCUUUGAGGGAAAGAAUGUGCUUCAGAUGUGCUUUAAAGGUAUUGCGUGCGCAUAGACGAAGACACAAUGAAAUAGCUUUUCAAUAACUCCUCGCCUGACUAGGUUGCUUCAGCUGUUUUUUAAAACCUGGUGUCCCUGCCUGUUGCAGCCCCUUUUUCAUUGUGCGUUGCAAACUUUGGGGUGACAUUUCACAAAUGUCUUUAUUUCUUCAGAAUAUGACGAGGAAGGCUGCCGUGACAGAGAGAAGCUGGCUUUAAAGCCAGCCGAUGUCCUUCGGUCAGGAAAGACUAUUUGUUCUGGAUAUUCUCUACUCUUUGCAAAGAUGUGCAGGUAACUCUUUUGGCCUCAGCCAUCAUGGCAAACAGCUGUUACUUGGCAGGGACGACGGGAGAUCUGCAGAGCCACAGGUUCCCCACUCCAGCACCACACUAUGAAUGCUCCUGAAGGAAACUUUUGAUAUAUCACUUGAUAGCUCAGUUGGUUAGAGCGUUGUGAUGAUAACGCCAAGAUUGCAGGUUUGAUCGCUGUAUGGUAGGGCUGCCAUAUGUUUGCAAUUUCCCGGAUAUUGCCAGCAUUCAUCCAUCGGAAAUGGCGUCUGGGUGAAUUUUUGGGAAGUCGGUUUAAAAUGUCUGGGGAAACCCUGUUGCAUGGCAGCCCAUAGUGUUGAUUAUUUGGAGAUUUUCCCAAAAAAGCUGAACAACUUUGCCCCCCAACCCUACCAUAUGGGACAACUGCAUAUUCCCAGACUAGAAGAAAGCAUAUAUUCAGUGGAAAUCCUGCUUGGUCCCUCCCCACCAAACACUGCGUGUACAUUUUAAAACCCCUUCUUGCUGCCUGAAAAGCAUCAGCUAGAUUCCUCUCUCCUUCUUUUCAAAAUAUAAGCCGAUUCUGCUUAUAACAUGAAUUUAUACGCCAGUGCAACAUACAAACUACCAUGCCUUUAUAGCAGGAGUGAGGACCUUGGGCCUUCCAGGUGUUGCUUAGCUACAAGUCCCAUCAGCCCUAGCAAGCUUGACCAAUGGCAACGUCUGGAGAGCCAAAGAUUCCCCCUACCUGUGAUUCGCAAAUGAACGAGACAGGCUGCAGCCACAAUUGGGCCUGUUAGCACUUACUGAGCCAUGGCUUUUCUGCAAAGGAAAGUACAGUGGUACCUUGGGUUACAUACGCUUCAGGUUACACACUCCGCUAACCCAGAAAUAGUACCUCGGGUUAAGAAUUUUGCUUCAGGAUAUGAACAGAAAUCGGGCUCCAGCGGCGCGGCAGCAGCAGGAGGCCCCAUAAGCUAAAGUGGUUCUUCAGGUUAAGAACAGUUUCAGGUUAAGUACGGACCUCCGGAACGAAUUACGUACUUAACCCGAGGUACCACUGUAGUGGUCUCGUGCGGAACUUCUGUUUUCUCCAUAAAAAUCCCACUCUCCACAUCUCUGUUGUGGAACAAAAUGAAGGAUGGCCAUUCCAGUCCAAUAAAACAAAACAAAAGCAAUGAAAGGAGCCAGUCCCCUUGGCAACAAGGGUGUUCCUGAAUACCUUUCUUUCCCCCUCAGUCUUGUAGGGAUACGGUGUAGGUAUUUGGUCGGCAGAACAAGGAACAUGAAGAGGCACGCCUGGAAUGCUGUUUAUCUUGAUGGAAAGUGGCAUCUUCUGGACUGCACAUGGGGAAGAUGCGGGGUCCUUGGCAGGUACGUUGCGGGGAAAUAGAAAGCCAUUCAUAGUGUGGGGCACAAUGAUGUAACCUGGUUGACUUCCUUUGUUUUCUUGGGUUUUCUGUUUGGCUUGGUCCACUUCUUGGGGUUUGUGAUUGGAUGGCCCCAGGGCUGACCAUUAUAAGUAAAGGUAAAGGGACCCCUGACCAUUAGGUCCAGUCGUGUCCGACUCUGGGGUUGCAGCGUUCAUCUCACUUUAUUGGCCGAGGGAGCCGGCGUACAGCUUCCGGGUUAAGUGGCCAGCAGGACUAAGCUGCUUCUGGCGAACCAGAGCAGCGCACGGAAACGCCGUUUACCUUCCCGCUCUCGCUCUUGCUCUGCUGGCUUCAGCGAUAGCUGCGCAGCCUGCAUUCGCCCCAUAAGCCGCACACACAUUUCCCCUUACUUUUUAGGAGGUGAAAAGUGCGUCUUAUAGAGCGAAAAAUACGGUAAGCCAUUGGCAUGGAGCGUCACAGUGGUGGGGGAAACAAGGGAACUCCAUCACCACCUAUCCUCUCAAAUGGUUCAUUUGAGUAUGUUGGGCUAUGCGUGCAAGAUUUCCUCGACCUAGUGCCCUGCAGCUGUUUUCAACUCCCAUCACCCAGUGCCAGAUUUAUAUAUGAGCUAAACAAGCUAUAGUUUAGGGCCCCACUCUCUUGGGGGCCUCCCAAAAAUGUAAAGGAAACAAAAACUGGACGUACAUUUCCAAGAUACAAGAUUUUUUAAAAAAGAAUAAAACCUACAUACAGCAACAGUGUUUUGUUUUGUGUUGUGUGCGCGCCUAUGAUGUAAUUAACGGGCACCGCCUGCUAGCCUGCUCCCUAAAAUAUCACUGGUUUGCUCAUUUCUAUAUACAGCUGGACAUAUAAAGGGCCCCAUUACCUUCAGUAGCUUAGGGCCUCAUCAAACCUAAAUCUGGCCCUGCCAUCACCAUUGACCAUUGGACAUGCUAGCUGGGAUUGAUGGGAUACAGAGUUCAGUAUCAUCUGGAAGGAAUCAGAAGGCUAGUUUAGAGUGUCACCCAAAGCCUAAACUGUGGCUAACGUUGACUAUGGUUUGUUUAAACCAGCUAGCUUGAUACGCCAUGGUUUGAAUUUGUCAGUCCAUCCGAUGUGGGCGAGAAGAGAAGUUGUAGGUGCUUGAACCCAGGAGCUAGUUUCCAAACCUUUCAUAGCCAAGAGAGGGAGGAGGUGGGGGAAAGUGGGAGCCUGGGGCUCACGUUGGUUCAUUCUCAUCAUGCUAAACUGGUUUUACUUGCCAUCUGAACUGGGCCUGUAAGCAUUCUAACACUGCUCUUUGUCCUUUUGCAGAUGCAACGACUACUACUUCCUUACGCAUCCUGUUCUGUUUGUUGAGAAUCACCUCCCGGAUGACCCCAAGUGGCUACUUCUCAAACAGAUAAUGAUGUGUGCAGCAGUUGCAUUUAUUUCCAAAAGAAAGGCGCAAAAUUAAGUACAGUCGAUGCUUGGGUUGCGAACGUGAUCUGUGUUGGAUGCACAUUCGCAACCCGCACCACUCGCAACGCGCGUCUGCACAUGCGCAGGUUGCGAUUUGACACUUCUGCGCAUGCGCAAUUUAGCGCUUCUGCGCAUGCGCGACCGCCGAAACCCAGAAGUAACCCAUUCCGGUACUUCCAGGUUUCAGCGGUCUGCUACCCAAAAAAACGCAACCUGAAGCGUCUGUAAUGACUGAAUACAGGUAUCCAAUAUACAGGUAUGACUGUAUAUUGGAAAUCCUCAUAUAAAUUUCCUAUGCUCUUGAAGAAAAGCCCUGUGCUUCGCUGGAUCAUAGGUCAACGAAUAGGUGACAGAAGCAACAUUCUAGGCUUUUGAUGGGGAUCUUUUCACUCUUUAAAAUCAAGGUGUGUUUGUACUGUCCGAUUUGCUGCCCUCUUAUACUUGUAAAUCUUACUGUCUGAAAAUAUAAUCCUUUCAUUUUCAUUUCAUGCAAUAAACCAAUUUUUCUGUCUUC